CGUUAUCGACCAAUACCUCUAUUCAACCAGAACCGAUUGGUAGCAGGAUAGUUAACUAUUUACAUUGUAGUAACCUGAACAACCUCUACGUGAUCACAUUUGGUCGAGCACACAUGGUAACAGUUAGUGUAUGUGUGUCGAUAAUGAAUGCGUUGAUAUGUGGAGAAUUGUGUUCCUAAAGGGAAAAAGGAAUGUAGUCAAGACAGGGCGAAUAGAGUAUGUUAAAAUAAUCUAAAUUGAUUCCAUAAUCAUUAAUCUCGAAAUAAAGAACUAAGAUAUCAAAACCAAGUUUACGGCGAUAUCUUAAUGUAUGUGAACAGUGCUCAACAGGUUUAGACACAAAAAUUUCAAUAAACUUGAUAAUUUUUGCAGAGGAUCAGGUUGCUAUCAUAUGGAUAUAUAAUUUAAAGAAAAUCGAUCAAUGACAUGUUACAAGGAAUUCAGCGUGUGUCUGCUUGGACAUCACCGACAAUGGCCUGUGAAUGAUAUUAUUGUAGGACAAACCACGCAGUCCAACAACAGGCUUGGUGGUGACAACAUUAUUGACACAGGAAAGAGAUCUUCAUGUUCGACUGCCAGGGAAAUCAUGAUGCGGAAUUGGUGCAAGGGAUCAAAUUUGUCGUAUUACUGACGAGGGAGAUAAUCAAUAUUCAUCGCCGGCGCCUAAUCACCUCAAGAAUUAUACCAGAGAAUAACGGAAAUUGAUAUGAAUUCCGACAUGGAUGUUUCAUCCAAACAUAAUUUGACAACUUAAAAUAUCAGCUUGUCAUGUGAAGGAAUGAAAAACAACCAAUUUAACCAAGAUAUCCUAGAAUAAUACGUAGUGUGUACGAGAGACAAAUAUUCCUUUUCACGUUUUUGACAAUGGAAAAUGGGUUUACAUGUUAAAGUGUUACUCCUACGAUACAUUUCUCAAAAUUCCAUGCCAUUUUGUGAGAUCCGAUUAGAAACAAAAACCAACAUCCGUAUUUCCAAAUCAAAGUUUUUCUAAUGAAACGCUGUAUCAUGGGGAAAUGCAAUUUGUUUUAUCCAAUCAAUAUCAAACCAGAAAGUCAAGCUGCAUGUUCCGUUAUGGAAUUUCGUGUAAUUAUACAGAACAUUGACUUAAUCGAUCAUUCAUUUUAAUUUUUCGGAAUUUUCUUUAAAGUUCUCAUUCGACACCGAUUCCUCUAUCGAUCGAAAGAUGUGCGAUAUUUGAUAAAUCUACCUCAGUAUUUUAACCAUGGAGAAUUGUUCGGCAGGGGCGAAGGGAAUUACCUUCUAUGAUUUAAGCCCGGGAAUGAUUGUCGCCUGUAUAGCUCUUGGAUGUAUCAAUCUCGUCGUACUCCUUGGUAACAGCUUAGUGAUCACAGCUGUAAUACGGAACAGGAAGUUGCGUACAAUCACAAAUAUUUAUAUAGUGUCACUAGCAUGUGCCGAUAUGCUCCUCGCAAUUUUUGUUCUUCCAUUUUCUGCUGCUUUAGAAGUUUUACACUUUUGGCCAUUCGGACAACCAUUUUGUACCAUGUGGCUAGCUAUUGAUGUUUUACUAUGUACAGCAUCCAUCCUAAAUCUGUGUGCCAUCAGUUUAGAUAGAUUUCUAGCCGUUACAAAACCAAUUCGAUACCCUAGUCUCGUUUCAAAAAAGAGAGGAAAGAUUUUAGUGAUGUGUGUGUGGGUACUGUCGUUUGUGAUUUCAUUCCCGCCACUAAUUGGUUGGAAUGACGAGAAUAACGGAAUCCAGAAACAUCAGAAGAACUGGUUGAUAACCAAAGUGGAAGAAAAUAACGACACAAAGUGGAGUUAUAACUCAACAAUAAACAAUGUAUACAACGAAAGGGAUAUAAAUGACACCGUUUGUGUGAAGCUAUACCCGGAGUGUGAACUGACAACUACUAAAGGUUAUAGAGUGUACGCUGCCCUUGGCUCCUUUUAUAUCCCAAUGUUUAUCAUGUCGUUUUUUUACUGCCGGAUAUACAGAGCUGCUACACGUACAGCCGCGGCGCUCAGAACAGGGAUAUUGAUGACCAAGCGCUCAGACGAGCCAGCAAACAAGUGUCAAAAGGUUGACACGAUUGCCCUCCGUGUCCAUCGCGGAGGUGGCUCAAUUUACCGAUCACCUUCAAAUAUUUCAAGUAGAAGAGCGUCAUAUCUCGUCUGUGGUAAAGAUGACAAAUUAGCAAAUGGCAACAGCGAUAUUGAACUUUUACCAAUACGUAAUCGCUCAAUUUCGUGCAAUAAUAAUAAUAGGUCCCUAACUCAUAACUACUCCGACUCUGAUUUAAGGAAUGGUACGUUCCGUCAGAAACAUAGGUGCACGCCGGAUCCUGCGAGUGACAGUGUUGCCGUCUAUCUUGGUACCUCCGCCUCUCCGCGAACGCAUUGUCCGGAAAGUCCCUAUCAGAACCGGAAGUUGAUAGUUAGCAACCGGAACUAUAGUCAGACAAACAGACGUCAUCGUUCUGUGCUUUUUAUCAACGACGGACAAUCUAAUCAAAAGAUUAACAUACGUAAAUUUCUAAGAGAUACAAAGGCGGCAAAAACCGUUGCUAUCAUAGUUGGCGCUUUCAUUCUUUGUUGGUUUCCGUUUUUUACGAUUUAUUUGAUUGGUGCAUUUUGUGCCGACUGUGUACCCGGUUUAGCAUUUUCAAUAUUUUUUUGGCUUGGGUAUUGUAAUUCAAUGAUAAAUCCUUUCAUUUAUGCUUUAUUUUCAAGGGAUUUUAGAUUUGCAUUUCGAAGAAUUCUUCAUUGCAGGAGAUUUUCUCGAACAUGUUUAUUCCGACGAUCGGACCAGUCCGCAUGUAACAAGAGAAUGGUUGGCUCCCCAGUUCUAGAAAGUGAAAGUUAUUCAGACUUUUGAUUGCCAUAUGACGUACUUAUUACAUAAUCGUUUACUAUACUUUAACGAAUUUUCCUUUCAUACCCACGUGCAACGCGUUGUUGAAAUAGAGGCUUAAUGUCCAAAACGAAAAUUCAAUUUUCUAUGUAUAUUUCAAAUCUGUAUGUUCUAAUUGAAUGUCUAAAGUAGCUCAUAUGCCAUAACGACCAUCUUAGUUGUGAAAUAGUUCAGUCAAGUUGUCGCUUUUUAACCUGCCCAUCAGCGCCUGGAGGUCAAUCGGGGUCAACGUUUGCAUACCAUCAAACUGCUAACCCACUGAUAAUUCUAGCCAUGUUUGAAAUAUAUGCAAUUGAAAUCCCACAAAUGAUGCUCAAAAAGGUUAUUCUCUUCUUUAAACUAUAAUAAAGUUUACCCACUUCCCAGAGGGAAACGCGAGACCCAAGCCCCAUCCCAGAAGCCCUUUGGAGGCUGGGACCAUAUGAUAGAACAAUUUAUAGUAAUGAUAUCGCAAAAAUCUUUAAAAUCGAUUAAUUGGCGAGCUAUUUUUAUAUAAUUGCAUGGAAUGAAUAUAUUUUAUGGCGUCAUUAACAGCAGCAUGUAUGAAUAUAGAAGGGAUAUAUUCCAAAAAUACUUAAUUUAGUACUAAUACUGAAAACAUCCAAUCUAAUUAAAAUAGAGAUGUUUAUUCUCUAGUGAGAAUGACCAUCUAGAUUUUUAUUAGAUUGGAAAACAUCCACCCAUCUAGUCCGAAGUGAAGACGAAACAUUUACACGUAUAUAUUUAGAUGGUGCACGGAGUCAUUGAAACACUACAUUAUCUUGCAGAGUCGUUACUUACAAUGAGCCAAACAACAACAAAAAAUAUAUGUGAAACUAACUGCUGUAUUGUCAAGAUUUCGUUCGCUGCUUUUGUCAUUUAUGAAAUGCGUCCGCCCAUUUACUGAUGUGAAACUAAUAAGCAUAAAGUGCUAACAAUGCUAUUACGCCUAAGAUAUUUUUGAAUAAAUCUACAUUUGGCGUAAUUUCAGGGGCUGCUGUAUUAUUACGUCACAAAGGUAUUACAAUAUGUGACACUAUCAAACGCAUGUACAUUGCUGGUAACGUAAAUAGACUUCCAAGUUGAAUUGUAAAUUUUAUCCUCGGGUUAUAAACUAAAUGUUAAGUUCUCGAGAGCAAGUACACUAUAUAUUCACAAACCCUUGUUUGAAUUUUUCGUAAAUUGUUGUGAAAUUUACAUGUGUUUCAAUAUCACAAUUAGAUUUAUUAAGUCAAAGACAGUUCGAUAUCGCCCCAUCCGACAACCCAGUGUUUCUUCUAGAUUUUUUUUCACUGAUAGUGCUUUUAAUUUUGUCGCACGGUGGAUUCAGUGGUGUAAAAGACAGCGUUAUUUUAAAAAUAGAAAUGCGCAAGCAGUUAAAUUGUAUAUAUGGAACUAUAUAUUAUAUUUAGUAAAAAAAAAAUGAAAUAUCUU